AACUUAGCUAUUAGUGUAGCAGGGUCAUGAAGAAGAGGCGGCGGCGGGAAGAAGGAGGAGGCGGCGGGGGUGAGAAACUGCGGUAGCUGUCCGCUGGCCUGUUGGCGUGGCUGUGUGGAAAGGGCGUAGUUCUUAAUCCCUUCUCCGGGCAGCGGCCGGGGCUCGGGGCUGAGAGCGGCCGUGGGGCCGCCUCCCCGGGCCCCCUGGCUCCGCCAUGUUCCGCAGGGCACGCCUUAGCGUGAAGCCGAAUGUCAGGCCUGGUGUAGGCGCCAGGGGUUCAACCGCUCCCAACCCCCAACGUGGACAAGAGGCUCCGAGGCCCCAGGAUCCUGCAGCGGCCUCUUCCCCGAAGCCAGCGGAGUCUACAGAUGUGCCCUUGGUGGACUGCGGGGGAUCCGAGCCCCAAGAAAAGGCUCCCAGGAGCAGUGAUGAAAAGACUGACAGUGAGAAUUAUGUUGAAGAAUCCAGUAAAUCUUCCUCUACUGUUUCACAGAGAAGAAAGAGAAUAUCAAGUACUCCUACUCUGGUUAAGCCUGGUGUCAAUGUUCCUUCAGAAUCUCAUCCCUUAUCUACAGUUAAUCAAGAAGUUCCACAGCCAAACCCUGUUUCAACAAAAGAGAAACAGCCAUGUUCAGACAGAUACCGAUUAUAUAAAGCCCAGAAACUAAGAGAAAUGUUAAAAGAAGAAUUAAGAAAAGAGAAGAAGCAAUGGAAAAACAAAUAUGCCAUAAAUGAAAGUCAGAAGCCACCAGAUCGUUCAAAAAUGACUAUGAGAGAUUUCAUAUAUUACCUGCCAGAUAACAAUCCAAUGACUUCUUCACUGGAGCAAGAAAAGAAAACUGAAAAAUCAUUGACACCAGUCCAGACAAGAGAGCAAGAAGGUAAGAGUACUCCUGAUCCGGCAGAUAAUGAAGAACUAGAAGAAGAGGUAGAUGACGGGCCAUUGCUGGUUCCUCGAGUAAAAGUGGCAGAAGAUGGUUCCAUUAUUUUGGAUGAAGAAAGUUUAACUGUAGAAGUUUUAAGGACAAAAGGCCCCUGUGUGGUUGAGGAAAAUGACCCCAUAUUUGAGCGUGGUUCUACAACUACAUAUUCCAGCUUUAGGAAAAACUAUUACUCUAAACCAUGGUCAAAUAAAGAAACAGAUAUGUUUUUUUUAGCCAUCAGCAUGGUAGGAACUGACUUUUCUAUGAUUGGACAGCUUUUUCCUCACAGAGCAAGGAUAGAAAUUAAGAAUAAAUUUAAACGUGAAGAGAAAACAAAUGGAUGGAGAAUAGACAAAGCCUUUCAGGAAAAGCGCCCUUUUGACUUCGAUUUUUUUGCUCAUUUGCUUCAGAAAGUUCUUGCUGAAGAAGAGAAAAGAAAACAAAAAUCUGUUAAAAAUCAGAGUUUAAAGGAGAAGAAAUCUUCUAAACCACGGAAAAAUGUAAAAGUGAAAAAAGUUGCCAGUGAAGGAGGAAAUGAUGAUCCAGAUGUGUCUCCGAGCACCAAAAUUUCAGACACAGAAUUACCUCAAAAGGAUGCUCAGAUAGUUGAAGAAGAACAACAGUCUCAGACUUUAACAGGACAGGAUUCAGAACAGAUUGCAUUAGAACCAAACCUAAAUCAAAAGAAAAGAAGAAGAAAGAAUCAGGAUGAAGCUGGUAAACAGGAAGUAAAAAAUCUUUCAGGAAAUGCCACUGUUCAGUUAGGUCAUUCUAAAGGAGAAAAAUGCAAAAAUAAAGAUCAGUCUUUAAGGCCUGAGAUAAAUGAAGAUGAAGUCAAUAAGGAACAGAAGCUUUCUUGCAUACGAAACAUGGAUGACAUUGUGGAUUUAUCCUCCAGUGAAAAAGCUGAGAAAAGAGCUGACCCUAUCCUUUUAUCAAGUGAUCAACAAGGUGCAACCUCACUAGCAACUGAAGCUUCAGAAUCAAGCCCUUCAGAUUUGCCUUUAUCAGAAGCUGGAAUUACCUCACUGUGUGAAGUGAAUAAUGUUGAAAGUAGUUGUACAGAAGAAGGCAGUGUUGACCUAAAAAAUAAAUCAUUGGAAACUGAUCAGUCAGGAAAUGUUAAACUGAUGGGAAGAAGACAACUACAGAGACCUAAACCCAAUUUAUCAAGGGCAGUUGGGAAGAAACCUGUUCUUUCACAAGGUAAAACAGAUGCGGAGAGCAAGAGUUUACAUGCAGAAACUUCAGUUGAAAAGAAUCAUAUGGAAAAGGAUAAAGUGAAUACAUUGGACGUUUCUGGAAUGGGGAAUACAGAGAGAGACAACCCAGAAGUUGAGACUGUAUCUACUUCUAGUGAAAAAACUGGUCUGCGGGAAGAUGAUCAAACGAAGGCUGUCAGACCAGCACGACUAAUGAGGGGUCGAUUGCAAAGGCCAAAGCCAAAUGUAGGAAAAGCUGCUGAAAGAAAAGAAAUUCUUGCAUCACAGGAAAAAAUUGAGGCUAAUGUAAAAAAGAAUGAAAGUCAAUCCUGUAUUACUAGAGAUAGUCCUGAACAAGUAGAAGAUCAGUCAUGUAAAAAUGUUGACUUUGAAGACAUCACAUUACAGUCUGAGAAAGAAGAUAAUUUUUUUCAAAUGAACGUUAAUGAAUGUGUAAGUAUUCAAGAGGAUAAUAAAGUCCCAGUUCUAAAGACUCGAUUUCAGAAACCAAAGCCAAAUAUAGGAAGAGGAGCUAGAAGAAGAGAAACUUUCUCAAAGGAAGAGGUGUCAGAGGAGAUUGUUACAUCUGGGCAAUUCACAGCGCCUUUGAGAGAAAUUACGAGAGUGGAAGAAACCUUACCAAGGGAGAGUAUAUUACUGGAGGCUAAUACUACUAAGGAAAUGGAGUCAUAUUUAAAAAAAACUGAAAGAGACAACUCUCCCAGAGAGAAGAUACCAGAAAUGAGGGACAACACUGUGGAUAUGGAGACAGAUUUGAAAGAAACUGGAAGAGAGGUUUCUCCAAAGGACACUAUAUCAGAGGUGUCUGAUGUCAUCGAGGAAAGAGUGACAGAUUUGGAAGAAACUGGAAGAGAGGUUUCCCCGAGAAACACUAUAUCAGAGGUGUCUGAUGUCACUGAGGAAAGAGUGACAGAUUUGGAAGAAACUGGAAGAGAGGUUUCCCCAAGAAACACUAUAUCAGAGGUGUCUGAUGUCACUGAGGAAAGAGUGACAGAUUUGGAAGAAACUGGAAGAGAGGUUUCCCCAAGGGACACUAUAUCAGAGGUGUCUGAUGUCACUGAGGAAAGAGUGACAGAUUUGGAAGAAACUGGAAGAAGAGAAAUAUCCCUACAAGAAAAUGCCCCGGAGGUCAGCACUACAGAUGAAGUAGAAACAGGUUUAGAAGAAACUGGAAGUGAGGUUUCUGUAAGGGAAAAUGUACCAGAGAUGGUUGAUGCUACUGAGGACAGAGAAACACAUUUGGAAAAAACUGAAAGAAGAGAAAUAGGCACAGAAGGAAAGGCCCCACAGGUCAAGACUCAAGGUGAAAUGGAGACAGAUUGGAAAGAAAUUGAAAAAGGAACUUCCCUGAGAGAAAAGGUACUAGUGGGGAUCAGUGCCAUGGGGGAAAGGGAGAUUGAUUUGAAAGAAACUGGAGAAAGAGACCUUUCCCUGAUGGAAGAGGUAUCAGGAAAGACGACUGCUACUGAAGAAACAGAGGCGGAAUCAAAAGAAACUGGAGGAGACAUUUCCCUGAAGAAAAGCAGAUCAGAAGAGAUUAAUGCUCCUGAAGAAAUGGCUGCAGAUGUGGAAAAAACUGGAAAAAUAGACAUUUCUCUAAGGAAAAAUGGAGCAGAAGAGACUAGGACCUCAAGACAAACGGACACAGAUUUAAUGCAGAGCAGUAGUAGUUGCUGCAGCACUAUCCCUUCACUAAAUAUCAAAAACGUUAGCAGUGAAGUACUAUCCGUGGUGCAUACACCUGAAGAAGAAAAAAGAAAUUCUGAAAAGGAACUGUCAGGUCACUUGAGUUGUUUGAAGACUUCUUUGCAGACUUCUGAACCUGAUAAAACAGAAGACCGGGGGAUGCUAUCUCCAGAUGUUCCAGAGCAGUUUUCAGAUGCUAAUUUAAGCAAAUCUCUUCCUCAAGAGCAGAAGCCACUUGAAGUUAAACCAGCACCUUUUGUGAGAAGUCGAUUCAAAAGACCAAAACCAAACUUAGCAAGAGCAACUUUAAAGAGAGAGACUACAGAAGCAGAAAAAUAUGUAUCUGGGAAGAAAUUGGAAACUGAUAAUACUGAGACUGUUGUGGUACAGCAGAGCAAUGAACAGAUGAACACUCUCCCUUCUCAACAUGGUGUGGCUUCCCUAAUGACAUCAAGAGAAAAAGACAUAUCAGGUCACAGGGAGGAGGAGUCUGUAAUAUUACCAUGUAUACAGACUGAAAAGGACCUUUCACCUUUGAGUUCUUGUGAUCCUAAAGAGAUGUCUCAGCCUACACAGGCCCAGGAAAAGGAAUUAGUUGUUUCUACAGGGGCUCAUAAUACAAACACUUUCCAGCAAGAAGUGAAGGAAAGCGUUAUCCCAACUGCUCAAACAGUAAGGAGCCGAUUUCAGAGACCCAGACCAAACAUAAGAAAGACGUCACAGAGGCAAAUAGAAAAAGCUGAAGCUGAAGGCAUAAUUAAGGAAGAAAGAACGAUAGUACAAAAAGAUGAAAUUAAAAAGUUCUUGACUGUGCCAAAUUCUCCAAUUGGAACUGAAAUUGAAGUUGUAUCCUCCAACGUUUCAGAGUCACAGUAUGAAAACCAGAGUCACAUGGUUCUUGUAGAACCUCUUCAUCUUAACAAAAUAAAUGUUUUAGAUGAAAAGAUGAGACAUGAACCUAAAAGGUCUGUUCCUAGUGCAGCACAUUUGGUAAGAAGGCAAUUCCAAAAGGCUAAGCCAAAUUUGGGAAGAGCACAUGGUAAGAAAGAGGAACCAGGCAUAGAAAAACACAGAGCAGAUCAGAGUGAGGCAAGGAAGCCAGAAGAUAAUUUGCUGCAGCCAGGAGAUUCUGACACUCUUCUCCUUCAAAAAGAAAAGGCUGAGUUUCUGACAUCUUUGGAGGUUUCAGCAAGAAAAGAUUGUGUAGAUUCCACAGAGGCCUCUUUGGCCAAAAACAAUGCUCAUUCAGAAGUUGGACCAUCAGGAAGCGUUGGAGAAAAAACUGUAGGGGAUAAAUCUGUGUCUUCAGUUGCUGAAGAGCAGUGUCUCAGUAAACUAUCAAGCUCUCCACAGCUGUUAAAAGAAUCAAAUUACUCUAAAAUUGGUCUGGAUCGAAGAGCAACUGUCUCUUCUGCUUCUGAGUGUGAGGUAGAUCACAGUGGAAGGAGAAUGCAUCGCAAGAUGAAACCAAGUGUCACCAGAGGGCGUGGAUCAAAACGAGUUCGAAGUAAGACCUCUAAGAAGGAACCUCGAGCUUCCAAGGCCACGCUGGUGACUCUUCGGGCUUCGCAGGAAGAAGAUGAAGAUGAUGAAGAUUUUGAGCCUGAUUAUGAAGAUGAAAGUUACCAUCUUGCUCCAGAAGAAGUAAACAAAGCUCCAGUGUUUGUUCCCAUUGGUCUCAGGUCUCCCGAACCUGUUUCUGCUCAGAUCGAGGAAACGAUGGAAGAGCUUGAAAUAACUGUGAAUGUACCAGAUAUAGGCAUAGCUGUUGUUGAACAUCCACUCUCAAACACAGAUGUGACUACUCAGGAGAUGAAACAAGAAGAAAAUUUGAAGGCAUUAUCUGAAAUGAACACAGGUGAACAUACCCAAGAUGAAACAGGUACCAAUGAUGGAAGCACUGAAGCUGCUAUAACUUUACUUACAAUGGGAGAUCUAGUGUUGCAAUCAGAGAUCGGUACAGAACAGAGUGAUGGAGUAUGUGUACUUCUUGAUGUUCAUUCAAAGGAUAAAAGCUGUGUUCCUUUUAGCCCAGAUAAUGUAAAUCACAAAAUUGUUCGUGAAUGUCAGGAGCUUUCUUCACCUGUCAAUAGUACAUCUCCUUCUUCAUUAGAAGAAAACAAGAUUGUAUUGGAAGAGCAAAGUACUAAAGAAGAAAUUGGUUUAGUGGAGAAAGUAAAGGAAAACGCUGUAUCAACCAGGAAUACAACUUCUGAAGUGACUGGUAAUUUGAGAAUGAGAAGUAGAUUUGCCAAGCCUAAACCAAAUCUUAAGACUUCAGGGACCAACAGGUUUGGUGUUCAUCAGGAAGUUCCCAGUGUGUUUGUAAACAAAGGAGAAGUAGUAGAAAGUCAAAGAGAAACUGAGAAAAAUGCUUCUGAAGCAACGGAAUUACAAGAUGAAAACCUUGGAUCACUUACAACAGCAGGGAAUAAGGAGCAGAGUAAAUUGGCUUGUGAGCAUGGUAUUGAAGAGACUAUUUCUCAAGAAGCAAAUCUAACUGAAAGAAAUGAUGAUCAAGAAGAAGAAUCUCAAAAGGUUCAGAUAUCGUCAGUUGAUCCAGUUGUUUCCUUUGAGACAAGGCCCCAUACACUUGGUUCAGAUAUGGUUCUCAGUGAGAGUUCCAUCAAAGAGCCCCAGAGAAAGGACUGUAAUGGAGACAGUGUGCUUGCACUUCAUGUGUCAGAGGGUACACCAACUAGUAUGCUGGAAGUCCAACAAGAGAAUGUAAUCAGUUCUCAAGACUUAGCAGUGAAUCUAGUUGCUAAUGUACAUCAAGAUGGUGAGGAUGAACAAGCAUUCAUUUUAACUCUGGUGGAAAUCCCAACCAAUGCUGUAGAAGAAUUUAGUGAUACCACUGCACAGUUAAUGCCAAACCCUUUACUGCCAGCACCCAUAUUGAUCAAAUCCGUGAAUACAGAAGAAAGGAGUGACAUGAGUUUUCCAGUAACUUCAGUUGGUCAGGAUACCAUGUGUUUAUCUGAUUCUGGAAAAGAUGGUUCUGAAAAGCCUCCUCCUGCUAAUUUGGAUCUUAUAUCUAGGAAGAGAUUUCACUGUACGCUUGAUGAAAGUAACCAUGUUCCUCCUGCCAAAAAAAGUUUGCUCACUUCAGGAGAUGAUUGUCAAAAUUAUACCUCUGAGGUGUGUUCAAAGGAAAUGAUAAAUGUUUCUGAGGAAACAGGGGAGUCUUACAAGGAACAAGGUAUCUUCCCUACCUCAGGAAGCACACGUACAACUCCAGAACCUCAGAAAGAGCAACUUGAACCAACUUUUCAGAGUAUAGGAUCUGGAUCUCCUGAUAAAGUAACAGAUACACAUAUAGAAAAAAGUACAUCUCAGUUACCUCAGGAUGAGAGGAGUGUGUCUGAUAAGGAGGAGAGAACUUGUGCUGCUUCGAAGUCUGAACAAAUGGAUAGCAUCCCAUCAUCUUCAAAAACCCCAUUAUCCAGACCUGGCAGAAGACCCCUGGGAUUUUUGUCUUUAAUAUGUUCAAAGAAUAGUUUGGAGUCUGAUGAACCUACUCAGGUUUAUAAUAAGAAACGUCUAAAACCUCUUAUACCUAUACCAAGAAAGAAUUUGAAAAGAUCAAAUCCACUCACUGAAAGCCAGAAAAAAAUCCAAGAGUCCUCUGAUCAGCUUCCAUCUCCAAGGGUUGUUGAUACUCCUUCUGAGAGUAUUGGCAGUUCAGCAACUCAGGUUUCUUGUGAUCCUCCCUUACCAAAAGAAGAAAGUAAAAGUGGCCAAAACCGGGUACCUGAAGAGGAGCCAACCACAGUCUCUGAAUAUUUCUUUAGUGAUAUCUUUAUCGAAGUAGAUGAAACAGAAUAA